GUUCGAGGAGUUCUGGAAAAAGGCACAUCUUGUCCCUCGCAGCCACCAUGAUUCACAGCAGCAGCAUCCGCAGAUUCCUCCUCCUGGUGCUCCUCGGCCUCUUUGUAGCCUUUGUACACACAGAGACAGUUGCAGACUUAUCAAUCAGAGACACCCAGGACACCACGUCAGGAGAACCACCCAGUGACGUGACCACCAAAGACCCUAACCAUGACACGACGGAGCAGUCCUUCACCUUCGACUACGAGGACAACACACACUCUCCGGACCUGCUCGACGAACAAUGGGUGCUGGGGCCAGGGGCCAUCACAGCCAUUGUUAUAGCCGUCUUCUUAGGAGCUUCUGUCCUCCUCGCCCUCAUCGUCAUCACACUCAGAAAGUUCACCGCCUCCUAGAGUGAAAUAUCCCCAUCUUGUGUGCAUGUGUUUGUGUGUGUUUGUAUGUUCUCUUUUCCCCUCUCAUCUCAGUCUCUCAACUCUUUUUUGCAGAUAUGAGUUGUGUCUUUUGCUUCCCUGUAGAUGCUAUAAAUUGUGGCAGGUCCCGUGACUGACUUACAGAUGUCUUUCUAUAAACACACUUGUAAACAACAAAUGUUCCUCAACAUGUCCACUUUUACUGCAGGUAUAAUGUUAGAAACUGGCUGGCUCUUCCAGUGGAAAUCAUAGCAUGUCCAUGUCAUUCACUUUGUUUUUCCUCUUGAUCUUGCAUAUGCUCUAAAGGGGCUUUAAUGUUGUGGGCUGUCUAUUUGUACAUGAGGUG